AAUUCCAGUCGCUGCACACUGUGGGUGCGGCGUUGUACCGCUGAGAUACGACGCAGGCAACAAACUAAUAUUAGAACAGUGUUGUAAUAAAGUUCCUGAUAAAUGAUCACACCCGUCCCAUGCUCAGACUUUUCCACCACUUCUUUACUUGCUGGUUAUUCUUGUUGACUUCCUGAUUCCGCCGAACACAACACGGACGUGUCAGUGAGGAGCAGUUGUGCUCACAGUCACAGAAGAGGCACAGCUUAUACAACGAUUUAGGAUGGCUUCCACUCCAAGUUCUACUUUACGACCCCUGUCCAUCGUGGUCGUGCUGCUGGCUGGAGUCAUCAUCCUAUUUACAAUGUACUACAGGUCUUUUCCAGUUCCAAAAUGUCAUCCUGACCCCAAACCAGCUGCUGUUCAAAAACAGUCAGUGGCCACAAAUCGGCCAAAGACCAAAAAGCCUCUUGUGCUGCUCUGGUUUUGGCCUGAAAGCAAAAAGUUUGAUUUGAAGGACUGUAAGAAUGUUUUAGAAAUGGAUCACUGUGAACUCACAGAUGAUAGAUCUUUAUACUCCAAAGCUCAUGCAGUUCUGAUACAUCACAAUGAUAUCAAAGAUGACCUGUCCAACCUUCCCACCACACCAAGACCCAAAUUUCAAAGGUGGAUCUGGUUGAGCAUGGACACGCCCCCAAACACGCGCAAGAUCGCUGGCAUCGAAGCCCUUUUUAAUUUAACCUCCAGCUACAGGAAGGAUGCAGACAUUCCUGUUCGCUGGCACCUAACUGUCAAGAAGAACCCAGGCCCAGAUUUUGUUCCACCAAAGAAAGAACGAGUGCUUUGUUGGAUUGUUAACAGCAAUGACCUCAACACGACAUCUGUGGAGCGUUUCAACUACUACAACGAGGUUAUAAAACACAUGAAGGUGGAUGUGUUUGACAUCUCAGCUGACAACGUGAAGGGGGAAAACUAUUUUCAAACUAUUAGUACCUGCAAGUUCUUUCUUUCUUUUGAGGAAUCAAAUCACAGAGAUUACAUCACAGAAACAUUCUAUGGUCCGCUCGCUGUUGGAACUGUACCAAUAGUUCUGGGCCCACCAAGAAAAAACUAUGAGAAAUUUGUCCCUGGUACUUCCUUCAUACACGUAAAAGACUUUCCUGAUGCUUUUGCUCUGGCUGAAUUCCUCCUCAAAUUGGACGACGAUAAAGAGGCUUAUGAAAAGUACUUUACUUGGCACCGAUUCUAUACUCUCAGGCGUCAUUUUACUGACGAGCAGCAUAAGUUUACACUUGCUGUCUGUCAGGCCUGUCGUCAUAUUGGCUUCAGCAAUGAGUAUAGAGUGGUUCGGGAUCUGUACAAGUGGGUGUCCCAGUGACACUGGAGUCUGUGGUGGUCCUGCUGCAGAGAGGCUUUGACUCGUUGUGUAUACAAACUACAUUGAUGCAUUAUUGGUGUACAUAUUAGUAUGUUUGAAUAGGAAAAUGCCAUCAACCAUUUAAAUAACAUUCAUCAUCAGCUAAGCCAGUCUGACUGUAAUGAAAAAUACCACCUGCUCGUUGAAGAUAUAUUUCCCAUUGGAGUUGCCAUUAACAGGUUGCCAUAAUCACUUUCUCUCUUUCUUGGAAUAAAAACUAAUUAACUAUCUUACUCUUCUGGCUCUCCAUUUCAAGACUUGUGUACUGAGUGUAUGGCAGUAUAUUUUCUUUACAUUCAAACCCAUCAGUGUUUUCACCAAUUCUUAGGGCAUAUUCAACAGUUUUUGUUUUUUUUUUUAUCAUCACAUACUCGACUAACACAGAAUGUUCAAAGAACGUUAGCCUAUGAUUCUCCUAAAGAAUCAUAAGCAUAAGUUAGUUUUUUUUUUAACUAAAAGAGAAUGUUCUGAGGUUUGAAAGUUUGUAUUUUUAACCACCUUCAUUAAAAUGUUUAGAUACCUUUACACAAAGCUUUGCAGUUGCUAGAUUCACCUUUAGGUUACAAUUUAAGGUUAUGAAGACAAUUGUACAUAUGAACCACAGAGGAAUAUAUUUCUAUCCCACUUUCUCGAUUUAUAUUUUUGGGUUGGUGAAAUUAUGAAUAAAUAUGAAUAUGAAAUGAAUCUUUCAAGGGGUAUUUACUUAGUUAAGUUUGUCUAAGAUGGGUCUCAGUGAAGAACUGAGGCAAACAAGAGUUCCUCUGUUCAAGGCAAAGGUUACAGUUUCUCUCUUACAAAGAUAGAAUGUGGGUGGUGCUCGCAAGGCAAGCACGUUUAUUUGUACACAAGGCAAUUGAUAGUGCUUUACGGAUGCAAGUAUGUACAUUGGAAAUUGAAACAAAAUCAAUUUUAAAAAAUCAAUUAAAGAAAUAAAAACAAUUUAAAUCAA